GGCUCUCUACUUACUCCGUCCACUGAUGGUCUCAUUGAUAAACAACAUAGCACCAUUUCCUCCAUUAUCUCAGAGCCUCUUGAGACCUCCGAUCCCGUGGCCAUCAUUGUAAACCCUCUCAUCUGCCUCUCACCUCCUUCUCGACCGUCUCCGACCCUGCCCGCCUGCCCAAGUCACCGCCCCUCCCUCCUCAACAGGCGGCACUCGACAGUCCAUCCCACGUCGCCAAACGCCAACCAACGCAAUCGAGAUAGCCUAGGUCGCCUAGGUCGCGCGUGGGGAGUCUGUCCAUGACCCCUUCCCCCACCUUCGUGCCAUAUCGUCCAUAUCCACAACCACAUCCACAUCCACACUCGCACUCGCACCCAUACACACGUCUCUCACAUCUCUCCUCUCGCCUCUGACUCGGUCUCAUUAUAUCCUUCUCAAGCUGCGGCUGCGGCGCCCGACAUGAACAGACUGCGUCCAGAGUCCACCAUUGCCAACCCCAUGCCUGCCCCAGGAUUCUCCUCGCGAUCACGUCCUCGAACCGAGUCUGCUUCCAACGGUGACCGCGCAGUCCCUGUUCCUGGCGCUGCCAACAUGUAUACCAACGGUGCAGACCGCAAGAAUCCCCUUGGAGGCCCUCCUCCGUUGUUUGACCUGGCACGCAGCCCCCCUGCACCCACCGCCAACGCUUCUGGCAAGAAUACCAAACACGUCCCCUGCAAAUUCUUCAGACAAAAUGCCUGCCAGGCAGGCAAUGCCUGUCCUUUCUCCCACUCCCUCGACCCCAUCAACCAGCAGGCCCCCUGCAAGUACUUCAUGAGAGGAAACUGCAAAUUCGGGGCCAAAUGUGCACUCGCCCACUACCUACCCGACGGACGAAGAGUCAAUCGCGCCGAUCUGGACGUCGGUCUCGCCAUCACAGGGGCAAACGGCCGCAACUACAAUUACUCGACUCGACCAGACCAGCAUAACUUUCACCCUCAAGACUCCAAUCUCGUCGAUCCUCUACUCAAUCAGCCUUCCUAUGGCCCCGAAUUCUUCCCAAACCAAUCCUUCCCCCUCGAUGUCGAUGAGCCUGAUGCCUUUCAAGACCGUUACAACCAAUAUCACAGCCAUUCUGCCCUAGACUCGGGCGUCAAUUCUCCUCCAAACUCCCACUACGGCUCUCCACCGAGCGACCUCCAAUUCCCAAAGUCCCCAGUGGAAAACAUUCGCACAGCCCUCAAUGCCCCUCUCCCUCAUUCCUUUGACGCCAAUGGCAUCUCUCACAUUGCCCAGUAUGGCCCUCUCGGUCAAUCUGUCCCCGACAAGUUUGGCCUGCGUUCUCCCGCCUCCUCUUCCCUUUCAAGGCAACUCGGAACUCCACCCGAGGGCAUCGUCAACGUUCGCAAUGCCAAUCUCGGCUCCACACUCCGUAACGCCCCUUCUCCGCUCGGGCUGUCUCCCGCCAACGCAGAAGAAUCCAUCGGCCAGAGGAUCAUGCAUUCACAGCGCGCAAUCAAGGCCAGGGGCCUGUCCGCCAGCGUUCCCCGCUCCCACAUUGCUGGACAUGAAUGGGAAGAGGGCCUCAGCGUCGAGACGGACUUGCUGCCCAACAGUUUGCAUGAUGAGGUGCUGACCCCACAAGAGAAGAACAGACGACUCUCGCGACCGGAGCAAGAGUACAACGCCAGGGAUCAGACUGGAGGAUUGGCUAUUCCCAGCGGUACCUCGAGCAAGGUCGGCUCCCCUCCAACCGGCAGUCCCUCUCGCUUCAGCGCCCUAUGGGCAGAACAAAGGGAAAGGAAGUCAGGCGAUCCACAGACCUCUACCAGCCUCGGUCAUGUAGGCUCACCGCUCCGUGGUUCCUGGAUGCCAAAUGAACCCACCACCGCCAAUACGCAGGUCUCGGGCAUUUCUCAGGCCAUGGCACGAAUGCAGCUGGGCCGAACAGAUUCAACCGAGUCCAAUGGAAACAAUGGAAACAAAAGCCAAUUGAUCAGCGGUUUGAGACAUUCCUCUGCCCCGGUCGCUAGGUUCGAUCGAGGCAUUUCCAGCCCUGGUCUCACGUCGCAAAAGAUUGAAGAGGAAGUUGAAGGUGCAUUCUUCCCCAUGGACGAAACAAAUUGGUCCGGUCAUUCCCCACGACUGACACCACUGCGCGAGAGGGCCAACGGAGAACUGCAGAGAAGCAAAAGAGACGCACUCUCAGGAGAAGAGAGGUCCAUGUGGAGUUUUCGAGGCUAAGGCAUGUACCCAACCUGAGGAACACGAUACAUCACGCACAGCAAAAGACACGACACGGAGGAGGCACCAAGGCGGUGAGCCCUGGAAACUUGUACAGAGACGCGACACAUAUUCAUAACGAGUGGUCAUGUGAAAACUGCAUGCUAUACUGGGCGGGCGGCGUUGAUCUUCUCAUGACCAAAACUUGGUAGGGUUCCUGGAAAAGAAGCGGCUGCAGGCCAUCAUCAACAGAACCUGAAUCUUUUCAGCAAGGCGCCCUGCGAGUUUGAAGUCUAGAUUUGGCCUAGAGCUUAAAUGUCGAAUUGCCUAAUGAUCAGAACCAAGUAUCUGAGUUUCCAUUCAAUCCUAGAAUUGCUCCGCACCUCAUCUGGUGCAUCAAGUCGCGAGGCUGAACCAAGACACAAGGCUGAGACAGGGAGAGUCAUGCCCGCAAUGACCAAGCAGGGACUAGUCAGGAUUCGGCCCACCUUCCCCACGAACCCUUCAGCCUCGUCAUACGCCAGUGACAAUUUAUUACAACGGCUUUGAAAGUUC